GAGAAUCUUUCGGUUGGAUGCACGAGAUUACGGACGGCGAUGUUGAGGAGCUGGUAUGAACCCAAGAAUGGAUGAGCUUGUUCAUGAUCUGGUAGAGAAAGCUUAACGGAGCAAGGAUGAAAUGAUCGAUCAUGAUGUUUCCCAGCACCAGUACCCUCGCGGCCUCGCCUUGGCAGGUGGCUAGUGCUUUUGCAUUCUCUCUUGGACUCGUAUAUGGAAACAUUAAGAAUGCUCAGGGUCUUCAAGUGUUUAGGAUUGUGGAACAACCUGACAGCAAUGAGAAAAGUCUGGAUCAAAAGACCCAAGUCAAGUUCCAAAUUAUGAGUCUGAAGGUCAAAGCUGAAACGGACUAUGCUCCUGAGCUGUUUGAUGAGCAAAAGGAUCAAAGUAGCAGUUGAGCGAAUUUGCAGUUGAGCGAAUUUUGCGGGUUGUAUUUUUAGAUGCAGAGCACCCUACUCCUGUAAGUUGAAAUCUGACUUGUUUAAUAGUGCUUGUGUUUUCUUUUUAUUGAGAAUAUUCUAAUGAUGAUAGUGUUGUUUCAGGCUCAUGUUGGAGAAGGCCUUGUAAUU